AUGCCAGCUUAUGCUAAAUUCUUGAAGAAGAUAUUGUCCAAGAAAUGGAAAAUGGAAGAGACAUUGGUUGUCAAGCUGGCAGAGCAUUGUAGUGCCAUCUUUCCAAAUAAGCUCCCUAAAAAAUAUGGAGAUCCAAGGAGUUUUACAAUACCUUACUCUUUAGGAAGUACUAAAUUUCAAAAAUCUUUGUGUGACUCAGGUGCUUCUAUUAAUCUUAUGCCUUUGUCUAUUUUCAAGAAAUUGGAGGGAAAGAUUGGAGAAAUCAGGUCGAUACCUGUGUCCUUGCAGCUGGUGGAUCAGUCCACAAUCAUACCUGAAUAA